UGGAGGACUUCGAAUACAUAGGAUCCUUAUCCUCUUUGAAAAGGUUGAAUCUCGAUGGAAAUAAUUUUGAGCAUUUGCCUCGAAGCAUAGCCCAACUUGGUGCUCUUCGAUGCUUGGAGUUAGUUACGAUUGCGUGAGGCUUAAAGAGUUGCCAGGUUUCAUGGGGAUGCCAAAUUUGGUGGAUUUGAAUCUGGGCAAUUGCAAGAGGCUUAAAGAGUUGCCAGGUUUCAUAGGGAUGCCAAAUUUGGUGGAUUUGAAUCUGGGCAAUUGUGAUGAUCUUGAAGAGGUUGACGAUUCACUGGGGUAUUGCGGAAAACUCAUUCGGUUACAUUUGGGUUAUUGCACAAGCCUUAAGAGGUUUCCAUGUGUUAACGUGGAAUCUCUUGAAUAUCUGGAUCUAUUCGGUUGCUCUAGCUUAGAGAAAUUUCCAGAAAUCAGGGGAAGAAUGAAGCCGGAGUUAAAGAUUGAGAUGGAAGACUCUGGGAUAAGGGAACUACCAUCAUCUUAUUUUCAGUCCGAAACUCAUCUUACGAAGCUAAAUUUGAGCUUUAUGAAACACUUUGUAGCUCUUCCAAGCAGCAUUGGCAUGUUGAAAAGCUUGGUGGAGCUAGAUGUGUCUCUUUGCAUAAAACUUAAAAGCUUUCCAGAAGAGAUAGGGCGUUUAGAAAGCUUGGUGGAGCUAGAUGUGUCUUAUUGCUCAAAACUUGCAAGCUUGCCAGAAGAGAUAGGGGAUUUAGAAAACUUGGAGAAGCUUGAUGCCCAUAGUACUCUGAUUUCACGACCUCCGUCUUCCAUUGCCCGGUUGAACAAGCUUAAAUUCUUGAGUUUUAAAAAACAAAAACCAGAAGUAGGCCUCGAAGAUGGAGUGUGCUUUGAGUUCCCUCAGGUGAAUGACGGAUUACGCUCAUUGGAAUAUUUGAAACUCGGUUACUGCAAUCUAAUAGAUGGAGGACUUCCGGAAGACAUUGGAUCCUUGUCCUCUUUGAAAGAGUUGAGUCUUGUGGGAAAUAAUUUUGAGCAUUUGCCUCGAAGCAUAGCCCAACUUGGUGCUCUUCGAUGCUUGAAGUUAGCAGAUUGCGUGAAGCUUAAAGUGUUCCCUCAGGUGAAUGACGGAUUAGGCUCAUUGGAAGAGUUGGAUCUCAGUUACUGCAAUCUAAGAGAUGGAGGACUUCCGGAAGACAUUGGAUCCUUGUCCUCUUUGAAAAAGUUGAAUCUCAAUGGAAAUAAUUUUGAGCAUUUGCCUCGAAGCAUAUCCCAACUUGGUGCCCUUCGAAUCUUGCACGUAUUUGAUUGCACGAGGCUUACACAGCUGCCAGAAUUUCCACAACAAUUAGAUACAAUAAAUGUAUAUUGGAGCAAUGAUUGGAUCUGUAAUUCGUUGUUUCAGAACAUCUCAUCAUUGCAGCACAUCUCUGCUUCAGAUUCCUUGUCACUAAGAGUGUUCACCAGUUGGGAGGAGAAUAUCCCAAGUUGGUUCCGCCACCAAGGAAUGGAUACAAGUGUAUCUGCCAAUUUGCCUGAGAAUUGGUACUUACCUGAUAACUUCUUGGGAUUUGUUGUAUGUUACGCUGGCAGCUUAGUUGAAACCACAGCUCAAUUGAUUCCCUUAUGUGAUGAUGGGAUGUCGAGUAUGACCCAGAAACUUGCCUUAUCCGAUCAUUCAGAAUAUGAUAUUGACUUCGCUAGUCAAUUUUUCUUGGUACCUCUUUCUAGCUUAUGGGAUACAUCUAAGGCAAAUGGGAAAACACCAAAUGACUAUGGGUGUAUUAGGCUAUCUUUCUCUGGAGAAAUGGAUGACUUUGGACUUCGUUUGUUGUAUAAAGAUGAACCUAGUGAAGCUAGUGACAAAGGAAGAGCAGAUAUGACGAUAGUGACAAGGAAGAGCAGAUAUGACGAUAGUGAAGCUAGUUCCUCCUCUUCUGAUACUUGUGGGAACUCUUGUCUAUACUUGUGGGAACUCUUGUCUUUGAGAAUCUGCAGCAACAAGUAGAGGCGCCAGUCUGUUCAGAAACUUUGCAGCUUUUGCCCACAAGCCCAGGAAUUUAGCCUAAAUAUAGGAGCUCACCAAAUUGAUUGUCUCCGGUUGUGCUGAGCCAUCAUUAACCAAAGGAUGUGAACAAGUUUAAAUUUUUGAUACUCAAAUCAGAUCCUUGAAUCGUGAGAUGUUAAUUCAACUUUUACCUUAAGGUACUUGCAAAUCAAGAAUUUGAAUUUGAAAAUUAGUAAACUCUAAAAUGAAAAGAUAAUACGAUGAAGUAAUAGCAACUAUUUAUUUUAUGGAUGGCAAGAUUUCAAAAGUGCAGGCACACUAACAGUCACAGAAAAAGGAAGAUUUCAGAAGUUUAGGUUUGAUUCACUGAAAAAUAAUGUCAAUUAGACAGGACAGCUACACUCGCAUGAGAAUCUGCUAUCAAUGAUAAGUCUUGCAUUGGAAACAAGUGUUAGCUUUCUAAGUUCUAUGCUAUACUCAAAUUUUUUUUGGACUUGUUCAUUUAUGGUUGUUCUUUUAACAAAUUUGUUGGUUCUAAUGUUCAUUUAUAUAAGCAUUUAGUUUCUUUAAUUAGUUUACUCACCUUUUCAAUAAGAAUGACGGAUUGGGCUUUCUCCUCAAUAAUUAAUUUUCAGGCCAGUGCAUAUGCUGAAGAGUUUAUGCGGUAGUUACGUGGCCACUAUUUGAACAACGGUUGGCUAAGCAGAGGCAAGAGACUGAAGAUGUUGAGGAGGUCUUGAGAUACGUUGGAGUCGUGGAUGUUGUUAACAGGAAAGGGACUCAUCGAGCUGCAAAGAUACAAUGUAUAAUAAAGAUUUCACUGAGCUAUCAUGGGUAUAUAUGAAGAUGCAUUUUAAGUUCUUCACAUAAGUCCAUAGAGUAAAGGUAAAGGUUUGUUAUUCCCAAAGGGAGGUUAUGAAUAGGAUUAAACGAUUAAAGACGCAGCACAGCAUGAGACAGUGAAGGAAGCUGGAGUACGAGGAAUACGCAAUUUUUUAAAUCAUAGUCUACUGUCUUGUUGACAUUGAAUUGAUAAGUGCAAACUGGGAGAGGAAGAUGGUAUGUUGAGAACAAAACCGGUGACAUUGCCUGUAAAGGGCACAUAUUUCUUUUGUUAGUAACAGAACGACUAGACUCUUGGCCCAAAAGAGAUUCGUGAAAGAACUUAGGUAUGCAAUAAGUUAUUCAUCUUGAAUCUAUAUUUUGAUUACUUAUAAGUGGUUUUAACAAGUUUCACUCUUUUGGUUUUGGAUCACUUUUGCACUGUAAAUAUGGAAGAUGGUACUUUGAGAACAAAGCCGGUGACACUGCCUAUGAAAGGCACAUGUUUCCUCUGUUUGUAACAGAACAACUAGGCUAUUGGCAUGAGAAAGACAUCUGCGAAAGAACUUGA